CAAUUUCACCAAUUCAACCGACACCAAUCGCGCUUCCUGUUGAGCAAGACGGAUCUGGUCAUCGAGAAACUAUUAUUCCCUUGUCACCUACCACACCUAAAGAAGAUCCAGCAGGGUUUAGUGGUACAGCAGGCGUACUUAGCGAUAAUGGUACUUUCGUUACGCCUCAAGCGGCUAACUCAAGUGUAAUCCUUGCAGUUGAAGCUAGACCAUCGUCACAACCAUCAGCGAACCAAGCGAUGUCAUCACCUAGGUAUCGUAGUGUAUUGGAAGCAGCGUCACCAAAGAAUCGAAAUUUACCGAAAUCAGUCCUUGAAGAUAUUGAAUUCUAUACGCUUCAUGGUAAUUUGGGAGUUACUACUCAACGACAAUUAUUGAAGGCGAAGUAUCCGAAUCAUCAGCUUCCUGCACGUGACAUUGCUAGUGCGGUUCAAAAAUUUAAAGGAGGAACUGAUCUAAAAGGAUUAGAUAAUGAUGCUGCAAAGCUUUGGAUCUGGGAAUUGGCGCGAAGAGCGACACAAAUUGCGGUUGACCAACAAGAUAACAGUUUGGAGGAACUUUUACGACGUUAUAUCAGAGAAAAGGAAGAUC